UGGUCCCGACGCGAUCGACCUGCGCUGCUACACGCUCGAUGUCGUCAACCAGACGAGCUACUGCGCGACGCUGCGGGUGACGACAGAGGAAGAGACGAGACUGCUGUGUCGUGUGGAGCUCUACCAGCUGCGCGUCGCGGCGGCGGCGGACGUGGCCGCGUGGCCGGCCCAUCGACGCAUUGCGCUCUGGGACAACGAGACGCCAGCGCUCGUGUUCUCGGGCGACUGGAGCUAUGCACGAGCGGCCGAGACCAGUUGACAAGGCGAUCCAAGUCUCGGUGCACCCGACAUGCCACUGCAUUGAAACCAACCACGCCGGCCGCCGUGUGGUAUAAAAGCAACUAA